AUGGCUGCCAGUGCUACGAUGGAAGCCGCUGACAUCAUCGUCGUGACCGUGUACUUCUUACUGGUCCUCGCCAUCGGUCUGCUGGCCAUGUGGAAAGCCAACCGCGGCACCGUGAGCGGCUACUUCCUGGCCGGCCGCUCGAUGAACUGGGCGGCCGUCGGCGCGUCGCUCUUCGUCAGCAACAUCGGCAGCGAGCACUUCAUCGGGCUCGCCGGAUCGGGGGCGGCCAGCGGGAUCAGCGUCGCCGCGUGGGAGCUCAACGCUUUGCUGCUCCUCCAGUUGCUCGGCUGGCUCUUCAUCCCGGUUUACAUCCAGUCCGGGGUUUACACGAUGCCCGAAUAUUUGUCCAAACGAUUCGGCGGAAAACGGCUCAAAGUGUAUUUCGCCACGCUCAGUCUCGUGCUUUACAUUUUUACUAAACUGUCCGUGAAUCUGUACACCGGCGCCUUGUUCAUCCAGGAGUCGUUAGGGUGGAACCUCUACCUGUCAAUCAUCCUGCUCAUCGCCAUGACGGCCGUUCUGACGGUGACGGGCGGACUGGCGGCGGUGAUCUACACGGACGUGAUCCAGGCCGUCCUGAUGAUCGGCGGAGCGCUGACGCUGACCGCGAUGAGCCUCGUCAAAGUGGGAGGACUUCAAGGCGUCUGGACCAAAUACUCGCAGGCCAGUCCCAACAUCACGUCCAUCAUGUCGUCCCGUCCGAACCUGAGCUUCGCCGACAGCUGCCUGCUCCACCUCCGCCCCAAACCUGCGGCGCUGAAGAUCCUGAGAGGAGCUUCAGACCCGGACCUGCCCUGGCCCGGCUUUUUACUGGGACAGACUCCGGCUUCUCUCUGGUAUUGGUGUGCAGACCAGGUGAUCGUGCAGAGAGUUCUUGCCGCUAAAAACAUGGCUCACGUCAAAGGCUCCACCAUCAUGGCCGGGUUCCUGAAGAUCCUCCCCAUGUUCAUCAUCGUUAUCCCAGGGAUGAUCUCUCGCAUCUUCUUCGCGGACGACCUGAUCUGCAUCAGCCCGGAGCACUGCGCCGAGGUGUGCGGCUCCCCGGCCGGCUGCACCAACCUGGCCUACCCGCGCCUGGUCAUGUCCGUGCUGCCGGUCGGCCUCCGCGGCCUGAUGCUCGCCGUCAUGAUCGCCGCCCUCAUGAGCGACCUGGACUCCAUCUUCAACUCCGCCAGCACCAUCUUCACGCUCGACGUUUACAAGAUGCUUCGCGCGCGGGCCACGUCGCGCGAGCUGCUGAUCGUGGGCAGGCUGGCCGUGGUUUUCGUCGUCGUCAUCAGCAUCGCGUGGGUACCGGUUAUAAUCGAAAUGCAAGGCGGGCAGAUGUUUUAUUACACGCAGGAAGUUAGUAAUUAUCUAACGCCGCCGAUCGCUGCCAUGUUCUUGCUCGCCGUUUUGUGGCAUCGCUGUAACGAAACCGGAGCUUUUUGGGGAGCGCUGACCGGAUUCGUACUCGGGACGGUGAGACUCGCGUUGGCGUUUGUUUACCGUGAACCGCACUGCGACCAACCGGACACCAGACCGAGCUUCAUCAAAGACGUUCACUUCAUGUACGUGGCGGCCGUUUUGUUUUGGAUUUCUGGUUUGGUUACAGUCGUCGUGAGUUUGUUAACGCCGCCUCCGACCGAAGAGCAAAUCCAAACGGCCACUUUUUGGGGACUGCGUAAUCGGAAGAAGCGAAUAUUACCCGAAAGCAACGAAUUGAAACCGUUAAACGAUCCGGAAGUGAACAGCAACGCGAAUCUAAACGGUAAAACGCCGACAAGCGAGUGCAGCGCUGCGGAAAUCCAAAACCGACGCCCGAAACAGAACGAUGUCAUCGCGAAUUCAAAAUGUCUCCGAGUCGUUAACUGGUUUUGCAAGAUUAACGAAGAUCCGGCCUCCACGUACAAACCGAGCGCGCAGGAGCAAGAAAGAAUGGUGGACGAACUUCUCUACGAAUCGCCGAAAAUGAAGAUUGUGCUCAACUUUGCUUUGGCGUUGAUUUGUGGAGUUGGAGUGUUUCUUUUUGUUUAUUUCACGUUGUAAAUUUUGUAGAUUUAAACGGACUCUUGUGAGUUUUGAGUCCGGUUUUGUGAGUUCGUCGUAAACAGAGCUGGAGUUGUGUUUUGUUUUGUUCACACAUGUUUGAGUAACUCUUUAUUAUCAGUAGUGCAAAAAUGUUGAAAUAUCGAUACAUCGUUUAAACUGAUGAUACAUGGGCUGUUUUAUCGAGUAUUAUUUGGUUUAUUUUACUAAAUUAUUUUGUGACAACGCUACAGUUUUGUGUAGUGUGUGUAAUUCUGGCAUAAACCAAGUCUAAUCUAGGUCUAAACCAGGACUACACAAGGACUACACCAGGUCUAAACUACAUCUAAACCAGGACUAAAUCAAGUCUAAACCAGGACUAAACUA